AUGGCAGAGAAAAGCAGGACACCCCACGCAAUCAUUCUGGGAGAUGGAAACAUCAAAGGAGUUUAUGUCACCGAGGAAUACAUUGGGACAAAUACCAUCAAAGCAGUGGAUGACCCAAGAACCUUGAACAAAAUUCUGUACCUGAAACCCCCUGCCAAUGUUUUGACCUUCAACGAGCUCAUCUCCUUGUGGGAGAGCAAGAUUCAGAAGGCACUAGAGAAAACUUAUGUUCCUGAGGAUCAAAUUAUCAAGAGCAUCCAGGGUCAAUAUGAACUCCUUUGAUACUUAAUUACUGUCACAAAUUUAACCUAUGCGAAUCUUUAGUAUCCAUCAACACAUCAAUGAUUUAUAGAUAGAGAGGUGGAUGGUCUUGUUUGUCAAGUCUAGAGUCUUAACAACAGAGAAAGAGUUCAAUUCACGGAUCAACAGCAAUCAUGUUGGAAAAUCAAGUGUGAGCAAUUAGUCCUAUAUUGAUUAGGAGAAGGCUCAACAGAAAGAUAUAUAAGAAAUGUGACUCAUAUACUUAAUAUACGUGAUGUUCGCUUCUCUUGGUAAUCCUUAUCAUUACAGUAAGGAUAUAUCUC